UCCGUCAUCCGCAACAUCAACGGCAGCUUUGUCCCGGGAACCCAGACGCCUCAGUCUCAGGACUCUCUCGGCAUCGUCUCUGCGUCUUCAUUCUCUUCCUCCAUCCAGCAGGAAGAAGCCAAGCUGCGAUGGGACUCGGACUUUGAGCUCAAGAAAGUGUCCAAGUCGCUCCUCAUGCUUCAGAAAUGGCUUCUCAUCAUCGGCCUCCUCUGCAUCAACGGCCUCCUCAUUUUUCUGGCAUUGAGAUUCCACCAGCUGUACUACCUCUUCAUUGUCCUCCUCAGUUCAAACACCAUGCUCCAGGCUUUGAUGAUGGUCGCCAUCAUCAUCAUGGUGACCCUCAGGCGCUGCGUCCCCUGCUACUUUGGCCGAAAGGAAAUCAUCCCAGAAGAGCCCGAGAAGCUGGUGCUUCUGCUGCCCUGCUACAACGAGACACGCGACGAAUUGACCCGCUCUCUUGACUCUCUGGUGGACCAAAAGGAAAUCGGCGCUCAUCCCAAGGUCAUCUUCAUCGUCGUCGAUGGCAACGUCCGCGGCCCCAACAUGGAAAAGACCACCCAGGAAUAUCUCCUCGAGGACAUCCUCGGACCCGGCCAGUACCGUCACUUCGAGAAUGGUUACCGCGCCAGAGACGGCCUCUUCAUGCCUGUCAAGGUCCAGUCGGGCUGGUACAAGGGCCUCCCCUACGUCUUCGUCGGUAAGAGCUACAACCAGGGCAAGCGGGACAGCCUGUGCUUUGCCCGCUCGUUCCUGUACCACUUCAAGCAGCGCUCGGAAAACGUCAAGACCAUGUUCAACAACGUUCUCUACGAGUACAUUGGCAGCGUUUUUGUCCAAUUCGGCCUCGACACUGUGGACUUUCUCGUAGGCAUGGACGCCGACACCGUCUUUGACCAAUUCUGCGUCAUCGAAAUGCUCCACGAGAUCCGCUCCAACCCCAGGCUUGUCGGUGUCUGUGGCCACGUCUGCGUCGACUUUGAUGGCAAGCCCUUCAACCCUUGGUCUCUCUACCAGUCUGUCGAGUACUCCCAGACUCAGGGCCUGCGCCGCAUGUUCCAGUCUCGCGUCACCGGCAAGGUCAACUGCCUCCCCGGCUGCUGCCAGCUGAUCCGCGUCGACGAGUCUACCUUUGGCGACCAGGUCCUUCGUGAUCGCUUCGGAUACUGCCCCAAGCCCAACGACGUGAUGACCCAGCACAUCAUGGGCAACUACUCCGAGGACAGCAUCCACGCCUCCAUCAUCUUCAGCCUGUUCCCGAAGAAGCAGACCGCUCAGGCCCUCCGCGCCAAGGCAUUUACCAUUGUGCCCCAGAACAUGAAGGUCUUCUUGUCGCAGCGCAAGCGCUGGGCCCUCGGUAGCAUCUCCAACGAGUUUGUCAUGCUCUUCAGGCCCGGCAUCAUCUUUGUCGAGCGAGUCCAGAGUUUCGUCGCUGUCGUUACUUGGGCCAUUACACCAUUCAUCAUGGCUGCUGUAAUCGAGCUCAUUAGACUGUUUAUCAAGAGAGGCGGCACCGUGUUCAAGGAUCCCGUUUUUGUUGGUCUUAUGUCUGUCUUGUUUGCUCGCUACUUCUAUUCAUUCUGUGUUGGCUUCUGGCUCCCCCGCAACAUGAUGGAGCGUGCCCAGUAUUUUGUUGGUUUCUUCCUUCACUUUCUCCUCUCACCUUUCAUGAAUAUAAUCAUAAUGGUCUAUUCCCUCUUUAACUCGGAUGAUUUCAAAUGGGGCAAGACCCGAGAGGUCGUUGGCGAGGAUGAUGACGCUGAAAAGGGGGCUCUGGUAAACAGAGCUCCUGUCGCUCAUUGA